ACAGGCAUUUAGAGGCAAUUAGAGUGACGGUUGAUUGGUGUUUGUUUACACACUAUCGGUAUUUAUCUGGAUCUAUCACGCGAAACAGUCCUCCGGACACCGACAUAUGCUCUGUCACCUCGCAUCAGUUGGUGCUAAAAUUGGGACUUUUCUUCGAUAACCUGAUCAGGACAACGGUGAGAAGCAACAAAGACCUCCUGUCUCCCCUUCCUUACGCGGCUCGGGGGGCAAUCUUGGCUUUUAUCGUGACUGAUUCAUGUCGAGUCAGUAACAUACACAGGAAUGGAAACAUUUCGAAGGCCGCUCCGGAUUCCUCAUAAGCUCAGCUUCCGACUCCUCAGGGCGUUUUCUUGUGCCCGAACUUCCUCUUGCGUGACUGCGCCACGUAUUUUUAAGCGCUACAGCCUGCGGUUAUCAUCUCCCCCCUCUCCUCCAUCCCCUGCCAUGCCUGCCCCAACUCUACCUCGCAGACAGUUUUCCCCCCUUCCCAGGAAUACCCUUUAUCCUGGUGACAUACCCAUGAUGAACGCGAAACCACUUGGCUUUGACGACAACCACUUUGUCAACCAGGAUUCUGACCAGAUGCUUUUUGACUUUGACGACGUGUCAUUUCAUGAGCAAUCUAGUGUCCAGUUCCCUUGGGACCUGCACGAUAUCGAUAUGGACUCUAAGCCCGUGUUCGAUAUGCACACUUCCCCGCGUUUCGGUUUCCAGCAGCCCACUGACAACAUUUUUGAUUCCACGGGAUUUUUUGCUCCUGAAGCCCUCGAUAAUUCCCCCUCAUUCGACAACAAUCUCUAUUUAUCCAACUGGGUACACGACACUGACUUACCCUCCCCAUCUUCCCCCAUAUCUAUUCCCGCUUCUACACCGUCUCCGCCGUACAUUCCUUUCGCUGAGCGAUCACCUUAUGCCGCAGACAAAGCCUACUCACCUGCAAACUUUGCUGCUCUUCAUCAUCUUCCACCUUCUGCUUCCCCUGCCUCAUCCUUCGAGGACAUUCACUCCUUUGAACGUUCCCGUGUCGAUUCCAUUUCUCCCAAAGAAGUUUCGGCAGUGACGCCAGCCUGGGCUUCCCAGCUCUGGGAUGCACCGAGACCGGGUCACAUUCGCUCUUCGUCCUCUCGUUCCCCCGUUCGACACUCUCCCCUCUCUCCCACCAAUACCCAGCGAUUACGUAUACCCAGACGCGACACUGUUUCUCCAGUCAAUAUGUUCCAGUCAGCGAGCGCCCCUGCCUUGACCCUUGCCCCGGGCAUGGCUCGGGCGUACAGCAGUGGCAAAGCCGAGUCAGGCGGCGUCACCGACCGUGACGCGACCAUCCGGCGGAAGAGAAAGACGUCAGAUCCCGAAGAAAUAGAAAAUAGACCCAAGGAUAGCGACUCUCCUCCGUUAAAGUCCGUGCUACGUCCUCCAAAGUUAGCUCCUUCGGCUUGGCAGCUAUACUUCACGGACUGGAUCCAAAGGCAGCAGGCAUCUAACACACGUAAGCUUAAUGUUGCACAAGCUGCUAAAGAAGCCGGGCAAGAGUAUGCAGGGCUUAGUGCUGAAGAGAAAGAGCCCUAUAAGCGACGCUCUCAGGCUAUGAAAGAAGCCAGGGAGCGGGAGCUCGCCGCUUACAUGCGAACUCUCACUCCCGACGACAUCAAGCGCGAGAACGCUUAUCGUGCUGCCCAACGGAAAGCCGGGAAAUCGCGAAAGAGUAACAUCAAGGAUCCUAAUGCGCCAAAGAAGCCUCUGUCCGCAUACUUCAUGUUCCUUCAGCGUAUCCGGGCGAACCCGCACUUGGUCCAGGAGAUCUUUGGUGAUGAGACGGAGACGACGAAGCAGAGUGUUCUCGCUGCAGCCAAAUGGCGAUCGAUGACCGAUGAUGAACGCAAGCCGUUCCUCGCUCAGGCCGAGCAGGAGAAGAUGGAAUACGAAGCCGCACGGAGGCUGUACGAAGAAGGGGCACCAGCCUUCGGAACGACAAUCAAUUUUAGCAUCUUACCUGGCAGUCCGGCGUUCCGAAAUGUCAAGGUGGAGUCAGAGAGUGAGAGUGAGGGUUACACCGAUGAUGGUGGCUACGAACGAUUCACUCGAUGAUGGGUUUUUACUUUUCUUCUUGAUGAUAUAUUCCCUGUGAGAGCCUUUGGCUCGCUGACGACCACUCAUGCCCUUUCUAUUAUACGUACGCCCUUCGAAACGAUCUUUUGCUUAUUGUGUGUUUCGAGUAUUUUAUUGCUUCGAACAAUCUUCGGACAGCACUGUAUAAUGGGAAUACCUAUGCACCCCACUUAUGUAUUGUUAGCACAUAUUGCAUCUCCGUAUAUCUG